CUCUCGCCUCAUAAUCCUGUCGUGUGAGCAAGCAUCUUCCUCAAUCUCAAAAGAUGUCAUUUCAUAACAAAACUUUUUCUUUGCGAACAUUGAAUCUUGGUCUACUACCAAGGACAUCGCCCAUUUAUCAGACUUUUCCUGCAUUACAAGCGCAACUUCGUGCAAAGUCAACAACAAGUACUCAUACACGGAGCAAUGAUCUUAAAAAGAAAACCAAUGACAACAAUGAUUCAGAAAACAAAAUUGUCCCUCAGUCUUCAAUAUAUACCACUGGCCUGAGCCGACUUCGGGAGCAUUUUACUACAUCGCUUCAAGAAGAUAUUAUGAUCGCAUCAUACCGUCACCAUCACAAGAUGAAAAAACAAAUUCCCGAAGGGGUCAAAAUUGAACUCAAGGGAAAGCGUCACCUCAAGCCUGCACCACGACCCUCAUCACCAACUGAAAUUCCCGAAUUGAUUAAAAUUGAUGUCCACUGUAUGAUGAAGGAAGCGAUCACAAGUAAAUACAAUCUAUUAAGUGGUAUCAUGGCAAUUCAAUCUAUCACAGGAGAGACGCCUGAGAUCAUUUUUGCAAAAACUGGUGUCCAUAAUUGGAAAUUACGCAAAGGAAUGCCUAUUGGAUGCAAAGUGACUUUGAAGGGUGAUAAAAUGUAUCAGUUUUUGGAUAAGCUAGUCGAGGUUGUGCUACCUAAGAUGAAGGAAUGGCCUGGCUUACCAGAAGGAUCUGGGGACGGCACGGGAAACAUCGGAAUGGGUUUCCCAUCCUCAGCAUUGUCACUAUUCCCGGAGAUCGAGAACAAUUUUGAUAUGUAUCCAAGGAUGACUGGAUUCGACAUUACAUUUAAUACAACCGCAUUCACAAACAUGGACGCAAGGCUACUUAUGAGUGGCUUCAAUAUUCCCUUUCAGAAAUCUAGUGCUAUCGCACGAAAAGAGACAGAUAUCAUAACCAAAAAUAAGCAAAUAGAAAAAUUAGCAUAGUUUUAUGUAUAGUAAUGUAGAAAGAAUC